GUUAUUUUAAAAUAUUGAAAUUUUGUUGCAUAAUUAUUAAAUUACAUUAAACAAAUAACUAAAACAAAAUAUAACUAUAAAAUAUAACGAUAACUGGUUUGGGAUUACGUGAAGCGAUUACAUAAUCGAGAACAGCGCCAGAAUGGAUUACGCAAUACUUGCGAGCAAUGCACUGUAAAAAUGCAACACCUUUCGGCUGCAACAACAAUAACAACGAAUAGCAACAACAACAACAGUUGAAUGGCGGCCCACUGAAGCCUCCGCCCACUCAGCCAGAGCCAGAACGAACCAACCAAAAUUGAGUUAUAAAAUUUGUUGUUGACUGCUGCAAAAUUGGCCGCCUGCUGAUUAGACACGCCCAAAAGUACAGCGCUCAGCCGCCGUGAAGUAGGCAACAAAAUAUUUAUGCGCACAAACGAUAACAAGAGCAACAACAACAACAACAAGAAUAAGUGAGAGCAGCCAGUGAACAAAAACAAAAAGUCCAUCAACCAGCCGCAUCAUGAAGGGCUUGACGGCGUUUAAGGAGAAGGCGACGGGCGUUUUCAGCGGCCUCAAGCCGAAUAUGGAGAAGUUCGAGAUAUCGCAGAGCUACCAUGGCGGACACGGCGGCUAUGAGGAAAUGGAGGGUGGCGAGCGCGAGGGACGCGGCCCCGGCGGCGGACACGCCUAUGACGACGACGACGAUCGACCAGACUCGCCCGCCUCCUUCGAGGAGAUCGAAAGGCCGCCGCUGCGCAAAAUCGACAAGUACUGCAAGGCGGAAUGCCCCUGCAUGCCGGCACGGUACACCAUCGCUACAAUGGCCUGCGUGGGAUUCAUGAUUGCCUUCGGCAUGCGUUGCAACAUGUCAGCCGCCAAACUUAAAGGCGAGCACAAUGGGACCGUCUUUAUGAACUGGACGGUUGCUGUGGAAAGCCAUGUGGACUCAUCCUUCUUCUGGGGCUAUCUGGUUACACAAAUACCCGGCGGUUUUAUUGCAUCCAAGUUUCCGGCGAACAAGAUUUUCGGGCUCUCGAUUGUAAGCUCCGCCUCGCUGCAUCUGUUUGUGCCCUUCGCGAUGACUCUGAUGCACGGUCAUGUGGUCAUAUGUGUGCGCGUGCUGCAGGGACUCUUUGAGGGCGUAACAUAUCCAGCUUGUCACGGCAUUUGGCGCUUCUGGGCGCCACCCAUGGAGCGCUCCCGCCUGGCCACAUUGGCCUUCUCCGGCUCGUAUGCGGGCGUCGUGGUGGGUCUGCCGCUGUCCGGGCUGUUGGCCGAUGCCGUUGGCUAUCAGGCGCCCUUCUAUGCGUAUGGCGCAUUUGGCAUCAUUUGGUACCUGUUCUGGAUCUGGUUGUGCUUUGAGAAUCCGCGCAAGCAUCCCGCCAUUAGCAUACCCGAACUGAAGUAUAUUGAGAAAUCGCUGGGCGAAUCAGCGCAUCCGACAAUGCCGUCGUUCAAGACAACUCCGUGGCGCCAAAUGCUGCGCUCCAUGCCCGUCUAUGCGAUUAUAGUGGCAAAUUUUUGCCGCUCCUGGAACUUUUAUUUGCUGGUGCUGUUUCAGUCAUCGUUCCUCAAGCACAAGUUUGGCUUUAAGGUGGAGGAGGCGGGCUUUGUGGGCUCGUUGCCCCAUUUGAUAAUGACCACAAUCGUGCCCUUUGGCGGCAUGCUGGCGGAUCAUUUGCGCAAAAAUGGCAUACUCUCCACGACGAAUGUGCGCAAGCUCUUCAACUGCGGCGGAUUUGGCAUGGAAGGUCUAUUCUUUCUGUUUGUCGCGCAUUCCUCCACGGCGACGGGCGCCAUGUUUGCGCUAACCUGCGGCGUCGCCUUCAGCGGCUUUGCCAUCUCCGGCUACAAUGUGAACCAUUUGGAUAUUGCGCCUCGAUACGCGAGCAUCCUGAUGGGCUUAUCCAAUGGCAUUGGCACCUUGGCUGGCAUCAUAGUGCCCUAUGCGCUGGACGGGCUCAUCCAAGCGAAUCCGACUGGCUGCUGGACUACAGUGUUUACACUGGCCGCCUGUGUUCAUCUGAUUGGCUGCACUUUCUAUGGCAUUUUUGCCUCCGGCGAGCUGCAGCCUUGGGCCGAGCCGCCACCUGAGGAGCAGCAGGUGUGGGCACCUCCAGCGGGCGCCAUCACACACGAUGAUCCCAGCCAGGCGGGCAUGCUGGGCACAUACAUGAAGGAGACACAAUUUGGCGCACCGGAGUAUACGGAGCAGAGCCAAAUGCAGCAAUCGAAUGCCAUUAGCUAUGGCGCCACCGGGCACGUGGCCAACAAUCCAUUUGCAUUGGCAGCGUCUGCACCCAUUGCCGAGGAGCCCGCCCAGCCGCCGUAUGUGGACAAUGCCUACGACUACACGCAAGGGCAAAUACCGCCCUCGACGAAUCCCUACGAGCAGCCGGCCUAUCAGCAGCAGUAAGAAUCAAUGCCGCAAUCUGAUAUAACUUAGCUUUUAGUUCUAGUCCAAAAAGCCGUUUAUUGUUUGUUCCUGAUGGGGUUGAUUUGUAUAUAAGAUACUAUACGCGAUAUAUUUAACUGCAAGACCAUUAACUGUUCAGCAACUUCAGACCCGAGUCUAACGAAUUUCUACAUAAAAAAACCAAAAAACGAAACCAAACAAAACUCUCACGACACUAACACAAUGAAACUAUGUACCUAACAGAGCAACUACAUAUUGUACGCGUAUACAGAACACGAAAGAUAUCGUUUAACUUGGCGCCGCACACAAAUCACAAGAAAUAAAAUAAUAAAGAAUAGUGCCAUAGUCGGAAGGGCACGACUGGGAGAUACCCUGAACCCACGACGAGCUGCCGUUGCAGAUAUUUUAACUGAUUUCUCUCUCUAUGCAUAGCAAAUGCUUCCUUGUUUAACUUUGGGACUUAAAGUCUGAUCCAAAUGCAAUUUUCAGGGCUUCAAUGUGGCACAAAAUAGUGUGUGUAUACCCUGUAAAAAUUAGUUUUCCUCAAUUCUGAUAAAAUAGGGGAGGUAUCUAAAAAUUAAAAUAUUCUUAAUCUGCGUACACUAUAUGUAUGUAUCUAUGUAUCUGGUGUAUCUAGUUCUUAUAAUUUUCGAGUAGUGCCUAAGUAGGCUAUACUUCGAAAUCAGUAUUUAUCGAGAAGAUGAAAGCAGAUCUCGAAAACUCGUGUCUAAUUUUCAAUGGGGUCAGGGUAUAAAUAGAAAACAAAAUCAAAUAUAUAGCCUACUUUUAAGCAUCGCUUCCGCGAAAUUUCUAUUUACAAGCUCCAGCAUAUUAAUGAACAAAUCGAAAAAUUAAAUAAAAUAAUAUUUGACAUUUGUGUAUAUCAUAAACAGACAUAAUCCAGACAAAAACACAGCACGUCUCAAACCGUUAUUGAAAUAUUAUUAUAAAUAAUUUAAAACCAUAUAUUAUAUAGUCACUUUAUAGCUACAUAUACUA